AGCCUUCCCGUCAGCAAAACUCCCAGAGAUGAGUUCACAGCACCUCAGCCAGGAAGAGUUCUUCGACAAACUCGGCCAUCUGUUCAACCACAGAAAAGGCAGCGACCAUGGAGCCAUAUACCUAACACAAAAGCGACUCACAUACGACCCCAGCGAGAAGUCAACAGUCGCAAAGCUCUUCCCCGACCUCGUCCCCAACAAGCCCCUCCCCAUCAUCGUCCGCGCCACAAACGGCAAAUCCAAGCGCGACCGCUCCGAUAAGGACAAGCUCUCCACCGUCGUCCAGCCCCACGAGCUCGAGGCCUUCUACGUCCGCUACGCCGACAUCUGCAAGGCCGGCAUGACGACGCUCAAGCCCAGGGACAAGAGCAAGAAGAAGGCAAAGGCGAAGAAGAAGAAGGCCACUGCGUAAGGAGGCGCAAAAAGGGAAAGGGGGAAUUGGAAUUGGGGAAGAUGUGACCAUGCCAAAAGAGGUAACUGAAUGAUCGAAUUGGCCAAAGAGAAGAGUGAAGGUGGUGGCCGGCCGAGAUUUGUUGUCCGAGGCGGUCAUGCAGCAGUGUCUCGUGCCCUCCUCUGGCUGGUAACGACAAUCUCAGCAGCAGAGGAUUUUAUUGUUGGUUUCAGCGAGUCUUGACUAUUUCAAACCAAUAUAUGGCGCUCUACUUC